CCUUACGGACAAAUAAAUGACUUCAAAGGUGGUAGCAUUGUAGGGUUGCAUGAAGCUGGGUGGUCAUACCGAACAAUAGGCCGCCACCUGCAGCGUACAGAUACUGCUGCGCAAAGAUGUUGGCAGCAAUGGUUAUUACAAGGAAAUUACCGCCGAAAUGAAGGCUCUAGAAAGCCAAGGAUCACAAAUGUGAGGCAAGAUAGGAUGAUUGUUCACCUGGACCGAACCGCCCCAACGGUAUCAUUGUCGACUAUUCAACGCACUACAGCGACGUCUAUACCUCCAGUGGUACCCUCCACCAUCUCACGGCGCUAGUCUCUGAUGCGGAGUUUCGUUCACAGAGGCUUUUAAGACGUUUGCCUUUGACCCCACAACAUCGGCGGAGUCAUCUGGAGUGGAGUCGCAGCCGAAUCAUCGUGGCUGUCAUCAUACUGGCAUCGUAUAGUGUUCAGCGAUGAAGCCCGCUUCACUCUUGAAGCAGAUGACCCACCGUAUUCGUGUCUGGAGAGGACGGGGUCAGUGGUCAUCACCUGUUAUCAUAAGAAAUAUUUAGUCAUCCUCCUAAUUUACACUCAAAGGUAUGUUACUACCAUCCUGCGGCCGGUUGCAUUACCCUUCAUGGCACGUCCUCCUGGGGCUAUUUUCCAACAAGAUCAAACUACGCCACAUACCGUUCGCAUAUCUCUGGACUGCCUCCGUGCGGUUGACAAUCUUGCUUGGCCAGCUUCUUACGGGCCCACCGCCGGCCAAGAGGUAGAAUCGCUGAGCACUUGUAGUUCGGCCCGAGUUUCGAAUGCCGCGAACACGGCUGGCUGCAAGAGCGUUUUCGUGGGUUUUCCCUAUUUGUAACGUGUAUACGAGCAAGUUUCUCAUAGAAAGUCAUUCGCGAAAGUAGCCCUCCCCCUUAGACAGAUAGCCCUCGAAGCUUUGCCGUAAACACAUACACCAAACCAAACCAGUUUCCUACGACACGAUGUUAACGACCACUUUUCAUAUAUGUUUAGUUUUUUUGUGUUUAAUUACCCACAUUUAUAAUUAAUUUUAAUAAUUUUUACUUAAGCUUUGAUUAAUACAUACUAUUUACACUAUCACAUUCCUGCUCUAUAAGCCUUCUUGCUGAUUUUGUUCACUGCGGGAUAUGAUGAGUCGGAUCUCAUGCAAGUGCAUGACACGUGCGACGCUUGAUUUUGUUCACUGUGGCUUGUAAAAUAUCUAAUAAUUGUUUCUUUAUCUCCAAGACGUGUUUCAAUGCCGGAGCAGAGCAACGACUACAGGGUGGUGGUUUUCGGCGCUGGCGGCGUCGGAAAAAGCUCCCUGGUGCUUCGGUUUGUCAGAGGAACUUUCAGGGAGUCUUAUAUACCCACCAUCGAAGAUACAUAUCGGCAGGUGAUUAGCUGCAACAAGAACAUCUGCACCUUGCAGAUAACGGACACGACGGGUAGUCACCAGUUCCCUGCCAUGCAGCGACUCAAUAUCUCCAAAGGUCAUGCCUUCAUUCUAGUAUAUUCCGUAACUUCAUCGCAAUCACUGGAGGAGCUUCGUCCCAUCUUUGAAGUAAUUCGGGAAGUCAAAGGUGGAGAUAUGGAAGGCAUUCCCAUAAUGCUUGUGGGCAACAAAUGCGACGAGACAGAAUCCCGUGAGGUCCAGACGACUGUUGGCCAAGAACAGGCAAAGAAAUGGAACUGCGGUUUCAUGGAGACAUCUGCAAAGACCAACUGCAACGUCAAAGAGCUCUUUCAAGAACUGCUGAAUAUGGAGAAGAGGCGUAACGUAAGCCUCAACAUGGACACCAGCAAGAAGCGAUCUCAGCUACGAAAGGAGAAGCUGAAGGGCAAAUGUUCUGUCAUGUGAAUGGGUCCCUAUAUCUCUAACGCACAUCCGAAAGACCGAACUUCACCUUCCGCAAUUUUACCAUUUGAUAUGCUGAAAGAAAUUCAGUGAUCUGAUAUAAAUACGAAAGCAUUCUUCUAAAGUGGAAAUUGCUUGAUUCCGAAAAUAUUUUAAAACUGUAAUUUAUUACUUUUAAUUCCUUAAAUAUUAACUGACAUGCAUACAAGAGUUAAUAUAUUAAAAUAAUAAUAUGUAAUAUCAUUUAUACAAUUUUUUAAUAUUGCUUUAUAGUUCCAAAGCUGGUAGAAAUCGUUUUAUAUUCCAUUGUUGGUUUUCUUGUUAUGUGAGUAAAUCGUACUUUCAACUUAAUGAGCUUUCUGAAAUAAUAAUGAAGCGAACAAACAAAUAUUUCACAUACUGAAAAUAUACGAAUUAUAUUUCACAUACUGAACGAAUUAGAUUUCAAAUAUUUCACAUACUGAACACAUACACUUACGAAUUGCUGAAAUUUUUUUGCAUCAGUUUGCUAAAAUGUUUGUUUUACGGCCUGACCCUAAUAUACGGUAGAUUUCUUUUAACUCGUUAUAAUGUUUAAAGGCCCACCAGCGAUUUAGUUGUUAAGUUGCUGAGUGCUGGUAGAUCGGAGUUCAGAUUUCGGGGAAACGUGCUGGCUGCAUGGGCUUUUUCGUGUUUUUCCCCUUCAGUAACGUCUAUACAUGCCAAUUUCUUUUCGAUAGUCCUCCACGAAGACGUCCCUUCCUUCGACUACUUUGCCAUAAUCAAAUAAUUUAAACCAAACCAUAACGAUUGAAUUAAAAAAGUGACGAAAGCUAAACUUUCUUUUAAACUUAGUGUGGAGUUUAAGAUAUUUCUGCUCAAAAGUAUUUACUUGCUGUAAAUAAUUUUAAUCUGCUUGCUAUCAUUUUCCUUUUGUAAAUAUAUUGGAGAAGGAAUGAAAAAAAUAAAAGCUAAGUGCCAAACUUAAUGUAGUCUAGCGACAAUUUGAUUGCUUUAGUUUCAAAAUAUUUUAUUCAUAGAAUAAAUGUAAAAUAAAAUCGAGAUGAAUUAUUUUGAAGAAAGCAUUUACCUGACCUAAACUGUAUUUAUGGACUUGAUUUCCUGUGAAAUAUUUAUUAAUAUUUCACAGGGAAAUAUUUAUUAAUAUUUCACAGGAAGUUUUAAAGCAUUGCUUAAGAACAAAAUUUUGUAUUUAUGGAAUUAAUUAUUAUACAUAUUUUUUUUUAUUAGAGACUGGUAUUAGAAGCACAUAAGCAGGGUUUAACCAGAUGAAUUUAUUGACCUCUGAUCUUCCCUUAAGAUUCCUUCACAUAUGGUUAUAUUUAUUAACGUUGAGAAAAUGUGAAUGAUUUGAAUAUCAAAAUUUAGUUUUACUUAACCCUUAAAUGCACGAAUUUUUAUUUUUAUUUUAUUUUUUUAAUUUAAUUCAAAAAUGCAUUAGAAUUGAUAUAAAAUAAAAUAGGAAAAAUACUAAAAGAAUCUAAACUAAUUUUGUGUUCCAAUUUUUGAAAAAAUAUUAUUGUUACGAAAUAGCUACAUUAUGCAAACAAAUAUGAUAGGCAAAUGUGUAAUAACAAUUUUAUGUAAUAAUACAUAGCUUAUAAACUUGUUCAAACAAUUUUAAAACUUUGAAAUACAUCAAAAUAACAACAAACACAAAAUCAAAAAUCUCGUAAAUAUAAAUAAUGUCCACACCCUACACAUCAACUCACAAAUAAUGACCGUAACACCGUUAGUGGUGCCCCCAUACUGAAACUUUCAAAACUGUAUACGUAAACAGUGUGCAUCCAAUUGGUAACACUAUGCAGUAAGCUAAAAUUUGUGUUUUUAUUUGAUUUGCAUGACUAAAUAUGAGUAUGUUGCCAAAUGGUAACUACAUGCACUUUAAGAGUUAAGUGCAAGUAGAAGCAAAAGUUAAGUUUCAUAAGAAAUACGUAUAGAUGGCAACAUAUUUCUGUAUGUAUUACCGUAUCGAAUUUGUACACAUACAAGAAAAAAUUCCAGAUAGGAAAUAUGUGCAGCAUUUCCUCCUUAGAUGAGUACUUUCUAUUUGUUUUAAACGUAAUUUAUUCAUCUGAUAAUUUCAAAUAAUUAUCAAACAAUAAGUAGCAAGUUAUUAAUUUUAAAACCAGUUAAUAAACAUAAUUUAGUUCAUUUUUCUAGAAAUGCGUACAUCAUACUAAAUUGAAAUUAUGUAAAUGCAAUUUUUUUUUUUUAGACUUUUUUUUAACUGACUGUAGAGACAUCUGUAGUCUGAACUAUGAGCCGCAAAGCCACGAAAUUUUGUACGGUUACUAUUGACGACAUGGGAAAAAGGAAUCCGUGAAAAAAAAUAGUUCCAAAAGUUGCCGGUAGGGGGAAUAUUGCGCUUUUGAUCUAAAUUUUAAGUGUAACUGCACGAUAAAAUUUCCGACCACUUUAAAAAGUUACAGUGAACAGAUAAAUGAAUAACAAAGAAUUAAUUUUUCCACAAAUGUGCUUUAUUCUAAAAAAUAACUUCUGUAAAUGGUUACAAAUUAUAAAAAAAAGAGAACAUUCUAGUCAAUUUCCUUUUUAUUCUUUGCUAUUUUGUUUUUAUUUAGUAGAAUCGCUUUACCUGGGAAGACAUCUACCAUUUUCAAUAUGACUUCCAUUUUCUUGGACUAAGCAUUGCAUUCUGUUCACUGUACUCUCUACAGCAGUGUGGAACUCAAAAUACUGGCGCUUGUGUCGACUACGUAAUCGGGAUUUUGCAUUUUGCAAUAUUUUCCCGUGUUUUAUGCCAAAAUUUAACUAUCUUAAAGUGUAAAGCGUCCCAUUUUCCCCUAUCGGCAACUUUUGGAACUAAUUUUUUUUUCGCGGAUUCCUUUUUUAUCAAAUGUCCCUGUACAAAACUUCGUGGUUUUGCGGCUGAUAAUUGAAGCUAAAGAGGUCUCUGAGUACCGUCAGUAAAAAAAAGAAAAAUAAAAUAAAUAAAGUGAUAAAAAGAUAAAAGUGAAUGAUAAAGUGAUAGAGAGAUAAAAGUGAUAGCAAAUGAUUUAUAUAAUUACUAGUAGUACGUAUUUAUAAAGGAAUAAAAUCCCAAAAUGGUAUUGAAAGGUGAAGUCCAGUCUGUCGUUGUUGUCCUAUGUAACUCAGAUGUUACUUCAAGAGACGUGAAAGCUGUCCCAUAUGUGGGCAGUCGUUUUCCUUCCUUUGUUUCACGUGGAAAGCUGUCUUGAACUGCUGUGAUUGAAAUAAUGUCGGAACAAAAAACUGUUAGCGAUUUAAAUGGUAAAGACGCAUUAUUUUCCUACGCUCAAAAGAUCGCUGAUGAUUCAUUGCUUAACUUAUAUUUUCAUUGGAAAGCAUGCUCUUAUUGCAUUCUUAACGAAGAAUUUAACGGUAUCAGACAGCUUUGAAAAUAUAGGGCUGUUUGUUUUCCGAAGAAAAUAACGGUUCUGAAGUUCAUUUUUCAGAACUUUUAAAGUUUUUAAUUAUUUUAAUUGACUUGAGAGAUCAUGGACAAAUGUACGUUCAAAUUUGUUUAUAUAGAUCGAGCUUUAUAUUUUACAAUAUUCUUCGCUUUAGAAAGUGAGAUUUCAUGAUACCUAUUUAGAUAUUUCUCCAGUUUUCACUUAUCUCAUUGCUCUUGUAUUACUUUUGAAAUAUCUAUCUAUUAUAAGAUCGUAAAUGCUUGAAAAUGAUGACCAGUUUUAAGUAAUGCAUUUAGUGCUAUUGAGAAAUAAUUUUAAACGUACUUCAGCUAUCAAAUCCUUUACAAAGCUCUAUGCCUAAGAACAAAAGAAAAAUGUUUGUUCACGAUAAUUUAAUUUGUUCUGAAUUUUUAUUUAGGAUUUUUCUGUAAUAUCUUUCCGAUUUGGUUUUUAAUUCCAUGAAUUUUUAAAUUGUACAGUUGAAUUGUUUACUUGUUACGUGAUUGAAUUUUUUCAACGUUUUUAUUUUCUUAAUAAUAAAAAAAGUUAAAUCUUGCAGGUAUAAUACACUAGAAGUUUUACAGCAUUUAUAUUGCAGUUGAUUUACAUAAAGUCGAUUAUCUUUUGAAUCACGAUUUUAUUAAAGUAAUGAAAACAGUUAUUUUCUGAAAUUCAAUGUUGUCACACUUUUUAUCAUAUGUACCAAUUCCUGUGGCUAGUUCACAGUAAAUUAGAGUAACCAUCUUACCAUUGAAGUAGUAUAUCAUUUUCUAAACAAUUCUCUUUCUAUUAAUGUCUUAUAGUUUAACUGAUUUGACAAUUACAAUUCUUAAAAUGCGUUAGACCGCACGAAAUAAAAGAUGCGAAACAAGAAUCUAAGAGUUUAUUAUUACAUACGUAAUCCGAAAUGCAUAAUGACAAAGAGUCACCAAAUAAACACUGCUCCACAUUCAUAACAAUUCUGUUUGUUUCAUACGAAGUAAAAGACUUCCCUUCUUUUAAAAUAGAAGUAAAGUUUUUAAACGAUAGAAAGUCAGUUCCAUUGUCCACUUCUUAAACGAUAAUAAAUUAAUAUUAUUCUUAUUUUUAUUUUGUAAUUUAUAACGUUUCAUAUACAUGAAUAUUUAAUUUACUUUUUUAUAACAGCAUAUAACAACAAGUCCAAAAUUCUUGUCUUGUCGCUUUAGAUCUACUUUAAGCAUGUAUACUAUUAUAUUGCAAACACCAUCAAUAAUGAUAAUAUUUAUUAUCAUUAUUAUACUGUCAUUACAUAACGUAAAUCAUAAUUUCUCUUUCAAAAAAUGUCGUAAACCAAACGGUUACAUUACUUAAACUUCAUUGAUUAUAAAACUCUUACAUUACAAUCCCCCUUAAAUCCUUAUUAUAUCUUAAUUAUGGAAUCCUUACAUUACAACCCUUAAUUAGAAAACCCUUAUAUUACAACCCUUAAAUUAAACCCUAGAUCUAUUUUAAGCGUGCAUAGUAUUAUAUUGCAAACACCAUCAUAAUAAUGAUUAUAUUAUCAUAAAAUAACGCAAAUCAUAAUUUGUAUUUCCAAAAAUGCCGCAAAUCAAACAGUUGUAUUAUUUAAACUUCAUUGAUUAUAAAACCCUUAUAUUACAAACAGAAAAAUUGCAGAUUAUUUUAUAAAAAUGAUAGCUAUUGCUUUACUUACCGUUUAGAAUGGAUAAAUUUAAAUAAAGUAUCUUAAGUGUUUUCCUAUAUGUAUCCUAAUUCCAAAAUUUGAAUUUUGAAUUUAAUUUGGUACCCAUUUUAGUAAAAAGAACGGAAUGAUAUUUAAUAUAAUAUAUUAUUUCUAUAUUUAUAUGAAAAUGAUGCAUAGAAAAUUAAAAAUUUCUUUUUAAAUAUUAA